AUGUUGAAGAUAUUUGCUUGCGUAGUCGGCCUGGCUUGGCUGUCACCCGCCCUAGCCCAACAAUUCCCACUUCGAGCGACUUCUUACGAGUCUUUCGGGCUUUCUCAGCGCUGCUUUGAGGCACUGAACACCACUUUGAGCUGCUCUCAUCGACUGGCUAGCCACGUUAAGUCUGAAUCUCCCAGAGUCGACGUCCUCGAUGCGGACGGCAUCGAAGCGAUCUGCACGGCAAGCUGCAAGGAAUCCUUGGUAGAUUUGCGCACCAAGAUUCAAAACGACUGCGACCCAGCGACAGACGUCUUUGAUCAUGACCUGGCGCUCUACCCAGCUACGUACAUCGUGGAUCGUUAUAUCUAUGUUUAUGAGAUAUCAUGCUACAAGCAUAGGGAAACGGGAAGCUCGUGUGACUAUAUCCUAGGCGAGUGGCGUAAUGAGACCGACGAAGCUCCUCGCGAAUGCGACGACUGCGUUCUCGGGCCCAUGCAAAUCGAGGUCAACUCACCCAUCGGUCACAGUGAAUCGCGCGCCGCCGAAUUUGAGUCGGUCGUCUCCAGCUGCGGCGUGGCCGGCUAUUCUUACACCAGCCCAUCACCGUACAUCCUCAGUCCAGCAGCCACUUCUUCUGAAGUUGUGUCACCAACGGCGGUGGCACAAAGCUGGUCUGCACAGCGCAUGUCUUCAGAAUGCGCCGCGACCUAUCACGUCCAGGAGGGCGACACUUGCAAUAGCAUCGCAGAGGCGCAGAGCGUUCCGAGCAGAGAACUUUUGGAAGCCAACGACCACCUCGACAACUGGUGCGGCGGAAUCCAAGUAGGUCAAGACCUGUGCUUGCCGGCUCAGUGCAAGCUGCAUCUGGUAACUCCGGAUGAUUCGUGUGACUCUGUCACGGCUGAGUAUGGCGCCAGCAUAGACAACCUGUCCGAGUGGAAUCCGAAGGUGUACAUCCAGUGCGAUGGCUUCAACAAAACCAUCUCUGGCUUCAUCUGCGUAGGGUGA